CGAAUGCAAUGGUCCGGGACAUUAAUUUGAGGACUUUUAUUUGACUUCAAGACUGAGACUAUGAUCUAUAAUCAUAGUCCCUUGUUGUCUUCUAACAGUUUGGGAAACUAAGGGACUGGACGAAAACAAAAGGGCGCCAGUGCAUGAGACUAAGCCUGGGGCCCGUUUCUCGAAAGUCCCGGGAACUUUUCGGGCCCGCAAAGCCACUUUUGGUUAAUCUCUUAUCUGCAUCCAUAGUUAAUGGAGGGUCCCCUCCAUUAAUUAUGCUGUAUCUAAAAAUAGAGAGGUGUAUACGCCUGAAACUUCUUUUAUGAAGGGAACCUCUGUUGAUAUUACCAAUACAGGAGCUAAUCAAUGAUAAUGAGCUCCUGACCAAUAUGUGAAAAAAAAAAAAAAAAAAGAAAGAAAAAAGAAAGAAAGAAAAGAAAAAGCGCUUGGGUUCCGGGUGCUAUAACUUUUCGGGAGGCCAAGGAGAGAUCUGAUUUUAUCUCCAGGGAGGGGUUAAAUUAACACGCGUCAUCAUCAAAUCGAGGCAACGGCAGUCGUACGCCAACAAACUCUUUCUACUGUUUUUUGCUAACAAUGUCACUUUUAGCGAUAAAGUACCAACGUGGACAUCUUGAAAUCUUAAACCAACUUGUCCUGCCUCACAAGUCAGUUUACGAGGAAAUAAGAGGCGUCGAAGAUGGCUGGCAAGCGAUAAAGACAAUGAAGGUUCGUGGAGCUCCUGCAAUUGCAAUUGUUGGCUCAUUGAGUUUAGCGAUAGAGAUUCUACCAAGGUCAUUUAGUUCUACAGAGGAACUGGAAAACUUUGUAACAGAGAAAUUACAGUAUCUUAUGAAGGCAAGACCGACAGCUGUGAACAUUAUGGAAGCCUCCAAGCAUCUGAUAUCAUUUGUCAAGGAUUUAUCAUUAAAAGCAAAGGAUACUGAAACUGUCAAGAUGGAAUUGAUUAAAGAAAUUGAAGGGAUGCUGGCAAAAGAUAUAAGUGAUAACAAAGCUAUCGGGAGGUUUGGAGCAGCACAUGUGUUGCAACAAGUAGGUGUUGAUAAGCUGAAGGUCCUCACUCACUGUAACACUGGCUCACUAGCAACAGCUGGCUAUGGAACUGCUUUAGGGGUAAUUAGAAGCUUAUCAGAACAAAAUCAUCUUGAUCAUGUGUUCUGCACUGAAACCAGGCCGUACAACCAAGGAUCAAGAUUAACAGCAUAUGAGCUAGUUUCUGACAAGAUUCCUGCUACUUUAGUAGCAGACUCAAUGGUAUCAGUGCUCAUGAAAACAAAAGGAAUACAUGCAGUUGUUGUGGGUGCUGACAGAGUGGUUGCCAAUGGUGACACAGCAAAUAAGGUUGGAACAUAUCAGAUAGCUAUAGCUGCAAAACACCAUGGGGUUCCAUUUUAUAUUGCCGCACCAUCCACUACUGUAGACUUGACUCUGGAGAAGGGCAGUGACAUUGUGAUUGAGGAGAGACCAGCAGAAGAACUGACAACUGUAGCUGGAGUUCGCAUUGCAGCUCCUGCGAUUGGUUGCUGGAAUCCAGCUUUCGAUGUCACUCCAGCAGAACUGAUUACAGGGGGCAUUGUCACAGAAUAUGGUGUGUUUAAACCUUCUGAACUUAAGAUGGGGUUACAAGAGAAAUGUCAAUAGCUAAGUAAUGUAAGUAAUUGGAAAACAAAUUGUACAAUAAUCACUCAAGACACCUCAGGAACACAACUACUAGUACAGUACCUGGUAUGCCUGAUGAGAGUGGUGUCCACUGACAAUACAGCUUCAGACCACAAGCAAUCUCUGUUUUUCACAAGUCUGCAAUGUUACCAAAAUAGACAAAUGGAAAUGCAUCUACAUUUACUCAGUUCUUAUUAAUUUAAUUACAAGGCUUUCCUGCUCACUUAUGCGACUCAUCAUGUUAUGUUGAGAAAUACCUGUGCUGGACAGAGGUUGCUCAUAGUCUUGGUAGUUGAGACCAAGUUUGGGAUAUUGUUUCUGGUGUGAUACAUGUAGUUUCAGUAACAAUUCUUCAUUAACUAGGUUUGACAGUAAAAAUUAUGUGAGUUUUUGUCAUUUUGAUAUCAAUUCUAGUUUGUUGAAAAAUCCAUAUCACUUGAAUUACACAAUCUUUCCACACAGUAGUUUGUUUACAUGCAAGGAAUGUUCAUCUGAUUUAAUUUAUUUUUAUAAUAAACCAAUUAUUGGAUGAUGGUUUUUGUGAUAUCAAGAAUAAUCACAGUCGAGGUAGGGGAUAUCAGCCAAAGGCUGAGGCCAAUAACUCUUACCAAGACCUUGAUUAUUCUGGAUAUCACAAAAACCACAUCUAAUAAUUGUUUUAUUAUACAUUGAAC